AUGCAUCAGCAGCGUCCAUUACAUAGUGGUUUUCCCGGAGGUAGCAGUGGCAGUGGAGUGAUUCGUGGUUCAUCCGUGCCUGGCGUUUCUUCGGGAGGAAAACGAACUGGCGAUCGUAACUUGACGGCCCCUCAGAAGCAAUAUGGCGAAUUUCAGGCAAAGCGACGGAGAAAACUAGGGGAUAAAAUUUUGCCACAGAAAGUGCGCGAGCUUGUGCCGGAGUCGCAGGCUUACAUGGAUUUGCUGGCGUUCGAACGGAAACUUGAUGCGACCAUCACGCGCAAACGGCUAGAUAUUCAGGAGGUUCUGAAGCGUCCAAUGAAACAGCGACGCAAGCUUCGCAUUUUUAUUUCGAAUACUUUCUAUCCAUGUCGGGAGUCGGAUUUUGAAGGUCAUGUUGCCACGUCGGAUGCACGGCCUGGCGCAUCGUGGGAGUUGCGGGUCGAGGGUCGCCUGCUUGAAGACGUAAAACCGGAAGCGGGAAAGAUGAAGCGGAAGUUCAGCAGCUUCUUCAAAUCACUUGUGAUUGAGCUAGACAAAGAGCAGUACGGUCCGGACAAUCAUUUGGUUGAGUGGCACCGUAUGCACCAGACGCAGGAAACGGACGGCUUUCAGGUGAAGCGGCCAGGCGACCGCAAUGUACGUUGCACAAUUCUACUGUUGCUCGACUAUCAGCCGCUGCAGUUUAAACUUGAUCCGCGGCUGGCACGGUUGCUGGGUGUCCACACCCAAACCAGACCAAUUAUUAUCUCAGCGCUUUGGCAGUACAUUAAAAAGCACCGGCUACAAGAUGCGCACGAACGUGAGUUUGUCACGUGCGACAAGUACCUGGAGCAGAUUUUUGGUUGCACACGCAUGAAGUUUGCCGAGAUACCGCAGCGUUUAAGUCCGCUGUUACAUGCGCCAGACCCGAUCGUUAUAAACCAUCUGAUAGCGGUUGAGGGCGGGCAGGAAAUGGGGAGCAACAAACAAACCGCUUGCUACGACAUUGACGUCGAGGUGGACGACAGUCUGAAGCAGCAGAUGAACAGCUUCCUGAUGAGCACCGCAAGCCAGCAAGAAAUACAAACGCUCGACGGCAAGAUUCACGACACCGUGGAGACGAUCAAUGCCCUGAAGACGAACCGCGAGUUUUAUCUUAGUUUCGCCAAGGAUCCCCAAACGUUUACGCACCGGUGGAUCGUGUCACAGCAGCGGGACUUGAAGGUAAUGGCGGAUGUGGUUGGCAACCCGGAGGAGGAACGACGUGCCGAAUUUUACUAUCAACCCUGGACACAAGAAGCUGUGUCGCGCUACUUCUUUGCGAAAGUCAACCAAAAGAGGACUGAGGUAGGGCAAUCGGUUGGCAUACGAAACUCCUAGUUACCGUGCAGAUAAUUCCCUUUUGCUUGUGUUGAACGCAGUGAACUUUUGCUAGUACAAUGGCACAAAUGAAAAAACCGUAACUUCGUAACAAAAUGUGCAUUUAGAUUUUUCCCAUUGGUAUUUGUAACGAUUAAUGUUGUAGCCAACUUUGUGUGUAUUGCCGCAUUUAGUUUUAUGUUAUACCAACCGAUCUACGUCCGAGCUUACUCGUUGAUGUUGUUAUGAUGAAGGAUGAUUGGAUAAAUAUAUUUUUGAAUCAUAGACAGCUAUGUAAGGGAUAACUAAAAACAGAAUCACGUUGUAAUUCAGCUGCAACUUAUAUCGAUAGUAGAUAAAUAAUAAAACAUCGUAAAAGAGUAACAGAUGAAUAACCUGAUUUUGCGGUUCUCACUUAAUAGCAUUGGAAAAAGACUACUUAAAAA